AUGUCUGGGCCUGUUGCAUCGAAUCUUGUCCUGCUCAGCGACCUCAAAACAACUGCACAAGGGACAAAGGUCCGCUUCCUGGGCUGCGUCGACGAAUAUGUGGUUCAAACAGCGACCCUUAAACUCAAGCACAACUAUCCCGUAGCCAGGACCGCAGAAAUUGCCAAUGUCGACAUUGUCCAUGUUCUGGAGCGCAUCAGGAGCCAUGAACUGGAGGUGGGAUCCUGGAUCAACGUGAUUGGCUAUGUUGAGCGCCGCAAAGAGAACGGAGUGCUCGUGCAGGCCAUCACAGUUUGGAGUGCUGGGAACGUCGAUCUGAGUGCAUACCAACAAGCUGUCGAAGCCCGGAAGGCAGCCGGAUGA